UCUGACAACACUGUUCGAAGUACACACUCAUCAAAAACAGUCAGUUGUUACGUGAGAGUUUUCAAACGUAUAAUUACAUAGUUUCCAAGUGUUUUCUUGAAAUUUUCACCUCAGGAAAGUGUCUUGCAGUGAUUGUACAAAUGUAUUAGCAUAAAAAGCGAAAACUAGCAACUGCAUAUUGAGUUGAUAGCCUAAAAACUUGAUCAACUUCAAGGAUCAAGGAGCUGCCAAGCCUAGUCUGGCCGCCAGAAUGGAGCAGCUAUUUCAGAACUACCGCGAGGAUGAGCGGCGGAUCGGUGAGGAGUAUCUGUCCAGUUUGCAGGAUCUGAACUGCAACAGCAAGCCGCUCAUCAAUAUGCUCACGAUGCUCGCCGAGGAGAACAUCAGCUAUGCCCCCGUCAUAGUCCGCGUGGUGGAGUACUACAUCAGCCAGGUGGCGCCCGAGUUUAAAUUGCCCAUACUAUAUUUAAUUGAUUCGAUAAUAAAGAAUGUGAAAAGCAGCUACGUCCAGUUGUUUGGACAAUGCAUAGUCAACAUAUUCCUCAACGCCUUUGAAUCGGUGCAAAACUCGCAGUCACAGGUCCUGGAGAAGGUGCGCGAGCGCAUGUAUGCUUUGCGACAGACCUGGAACGAGGUAUUCCCCCAAUCCAAGAUGUACGCCUUGGACAUGAAGGUCAAGCGUCUGGAUAAUAACUGGCCCAUCACCGCCAAGCAGCCGGCAGCCAACAAGAUCCAUGUCAAUCCAGCCAUACACGUUAAUCCAGACUUUUUGAAGACAGGCAUGGUACCUGUGAUGCCUGUUAACCCCACACUGCCCAGCGACAUGGAGGAGAUUCUGCAGGCCAAGACUCGGGAGCUGCUGGAGCUCAAGAAGCGUAAACUAGAGCUUGAGCUGGAGCAGACCAAAAAGCAUUUAGAAGAGCAGGAACGUCAGCUUAAUGAUGCCAUGGCUCCUAUGGUCAUGCCAGGCCCAGGCACAUCGGCCAUACGCCCGCCCAUAAUGGAUCCCGCCGCAGUGGGUGCUGCCAUGCGUCACCAAAGGCCGCCGCCACCGAUGGGCAUGAUGCCCAACAUGCCAGUUGCGCCGCAGCAAUUUGCGGCCAAGCCAAAGGUAAAUCCAGUCAAUCCCGCCUUGCUCAAUUCUGUGCGCCACCGAGAUCCACGAUUGGCGCGUCAGAUGCAGUCACAAUCCUCGUCGCAGUCGGUCGCACCCGUUCGCACCGAUCCCCGUCUGGAGGCCAAGUCAACUUCAUCGACCUCACAGAAAUCUAGUCGUUCGCGCAGCAAGUCACCUGUGCGCAACAGCAGCAGCAGCAGUCGCUCCGGAAAGAGCAACCAUACUAGUAGCUCAUCAAACCGCAAGCGAAGCGAGUCCAAGAGCUCCACGGCCUCAUCAUCCUCGUCAGGCACCGAUGUGCGGCAUAAAAACGGCAGCAACUCGGCCCAGUCGCCGGUAAAGCGUUCCGGGAAGAGCUCCUCCAAGGAUCACUCGGAUCACUAUGCUCGCAAUGGAUCGCCCACAAAGCGCAAGAGCUCCUCGCCGAGCGCUUCGCCCUCCAAGUCCAAGAGGAAUACAUCACAAAAGACCUCCUCCGCGUCUUCGUCGAGGGGAAAGUCAUCAUCAACCGGACGAUCCCGUAGUCGAUCUCCGGUGUACAUGGACGUGGAUCUGCGUCGCAGCAAGUCACCACAGCCAAAGGCAGCGGCACCCGUCUCACUACCUCAGGUGGCCACAUCAACCUCGUCAUCGUCAGCAGCAGCUGCAGCAAAAGCACCAAAUGAUUUAGAGAAACGCCCUACUCCUCCUCCAGCGCCUCCAAGUCCGCCGAUUAUAGACGUAUCGUCUUUGGACACUGACUUGAGGCAGCGGCCAAAGACGCCGCCGCCGCCAAGCUUCGAGGCAACCAAAAGUCUCGACACGAAGGCCACCAGCAGCGGCAGCAGCAGCAGCAGCACAACAAUACUAGCUAGUAACGCCUCCGCGUCUUCGUCUUCAUCUUCAUCUUCGUCCACGUCCUCGUCCACUUCUAAAUUGCCCGCAAAAGUGUCGUUCAAAAUACAAAAACAGUUUAAUAAAUUAGAAAAAUCUACAGCGAAUCUAUCAACAGCAGCAUCACUGCUAAACCCAACGACCUCAGCAGCCACAGCCACCUCAUCAUCAUCACCACCUGUUGUCCCAGCAGCAUUGUCGUCCAACCAGGGUAAUGUAUCCGAGGCCCUGCAGCAGUCCAUCAACAAGCUGCUGCAAGUCCAGGUCGCACCCAAUGCCAGUGGACAGAAGCGACCUGCCGAUCCUGUGCCCCUGGAGGCUGAUGAGGAGGAGAUGCUGUCGCAGGCCCAGAAGAGAAGCAAAUCGGCCAAACUGGAUGCUCUCUUUGGCAGCGAGGAUGUGGACCUGCGCCGCGAGAAUCCGGCCGUGAAGCCAGGAGUCAUUGUGGUGGAAGACGACUCCAUGGAUGAUUGCGAUGUGAGCGAGGCCACUUCCAAGUCUAGUUCACAGCCUAAGAAGCCCACGCUGGAGGAGCUGCGUGCCAAGUUGGCCAAGUCAGCGCGCCAGCAAACCAAGCACGGCAAGUCGGACAACAAGAUCAAGGAUCAGGGCGUGGCCCAGCGCAUCAAGCAGUUGGCUGAGCUCAAGGCCAACGACGAUUCCCAGGAGGCGCACGACGAGAAGAUGCGUACGAUUCUCAGCCAGGCCCAAGAGAUGUACGAGAAUCACAACAUGAAUCAGGAGCAGUACAAGGAUCUAGUCCAGAAAGUGGUGGCCAUCAACGAGAGCAGCAAGAACAAGUCCGACCGACGCCGUGAUGAUGAUCUCGACUUGGAUCGCAAUGCGGCCCGGGAUGCAGUUCUACGCAAACGCAUACCCAAGCUUAAGGGCAAUGAGAAUCAAGCGUCGAGCUCGCCGCGCAGCGAUGGCUCGCCCAGGUACGAUGAGCAGCCGCCGGUUCCGGAGAAGCCGCCAAACAAGAGGGACAAGGCCAAGAGGGAUCUCAAGCGACGAAAGCCCAGCAAGUGGGGCGACCAGGUGGAUCCUGGUGCUGCUCAACGGACUGCCUGGCAAAUGGCCAAUAAUAACAACAAGCGAGGUGGAGGCGGAGGAGGAAUGGGUGGUGGCAUGCAGAUGCCCAUCCCCAACCAACCCAAUUUCCGUGGCAUGCCCUGGCAGCAGCCUCCUCCGGCCAUGGUUAUGCCACAGUCCAUAGUUCCGCCGCCACCUCAACCCCCCUCGAUGAUGGGACUGCCACCCGUGCCGCCCGUUACCCUAACCAAGGCCAUCAAUUCCCUGGACAAUCCCAUGACGGACGUGGUGCGCAGCAUCACCAUCGAUGGCGGUUCCAAGGAGAUUCGUUUCUACAACCAGGUGGCCAUCAUCUUCAUGGCCGGCGACGAGCCCCACGAAAUUGGCUUCCAGCAUGGCCAGCGGGUGAUUUUCAUCGACCACAACGAGCCACUGCCUCUGAGCUUCAACGACGACUACAAGCCCUUCCAGCUGGAUGGACAGCUGCAUCGCAUCCGCUUCGGUUUUCCCUCCCGCGAGCUCUACAUCGACGAUCACUGGUACGAGAUUUACUUUGGUGGUCCGGCCGUCUCCCUGCCGAUAGGUAACAAGCUGCACGUUCUCAAGGCCGAGGGUCCUCCGCCCAAUGUGGACAUUGGACGAGUGCGCCGGGAUCUGGUGGUGGGCAAGAUCAACAUGAUUGUGGAUGCCCAUACGAUUGUGCCCCUUUUCUUGGACGCCCGUCAGCAGACCUUUCAGCUGGGCGCCGAGCAGCAUUCGCUGCAGUUCGUGGACAGCUUCCAGUAUGCCCUGGUGGACGGGCAGCUGCAGAAGAUCGAGUACGGAGGAUUGCCCAAGAGCAUGAUGCUCAAUGGGGGUCGCAGCUGCUUCAUACGUUUCGGAACCCUGCCCAAGGGCGUGGUGGCCGGCAAGACACAUGUGGCGGAUAUGGUGUACAUUAAGACUGAAGCCCCGGCAGAGCCACCCCAGCCACCGCCGGUGAUUGUAAAGCCUCCACCUGUGGUGGAGCCACAACCUGUGGCAGCAGCCCCUGCUCCUGCUCUCUCGUUGCCAGCUGCGGCCGCCGCCUUGGGCAGCCUGAACAUCAACGAUCUCUUCCAAAAGCUGGUUUCGUCUGGAAUUAUCGGUGGAGCAGCUCCUGUGGCAGCGGCACCUGCCACUAAGGAGUCUUCAGGGGGCAAGGAAGCUUCUGCAGAGACCACAACAGCUUCUGCUCCUUCUGCUGCUGCUGCUGCUCCCGUACCUGCUGGUCCCCCCAUGGAGCCCAUCAAGCGCAUCGAUCUCCGCAAGCCAGAAACCAUCAAGACCCGCCAAGCCGCGGUGGUGGCCACUCUCUACAUUGGGAUGCAGUGCAGCAGCUGCGGCGUGCGCUUCCCGCCCGAGCAGACCAUCAAGUACAGUCAGCAUUUGGACUGGCAUUUCCGGCAGAACCGUAGGGACCGGGACUCGACCAGAAAGGCCACAUCCCGUCGCUGGUUUUACGAUCUCAACGACUGGCGGCAAUACGAGGAGAUUGAGGAUGUGGAGGAGCGCGAAAAGAACUUUAUGGAGGCGCAGGGACAACCGGGUGGACCCGAGGCCCUCGACGAACUCUCCCAACAACGGUCGUUGGACUCGCCUGUGCCCACGUGUGCGGCCGGAACGGAUGAUGUGGAUCGCUGCUGCGACAUGUGCCACGAGAAGUUCGAGCAGUUCUACAACGAGGAGUUGGAGGAGUGGCAUCUUCGUAGUGCUAUCCGUGUGGAAGAUAAGAUCUACCAUCCGCUGUGCUACGAGGACUACAAGGCUUCGCUGAAUCCCCCCGCCGAGGAGGUGAAAACCGAUAACGAUGUGGACAUGAAGAACAGCGAUGACAAUGCCAUGGAUACGCUGAUCAAACUGGAGGUCAAUGAUGAUGAAGACGAUGUUCCCAAAGCCUCGCAGACCAUUAUGGACGAUGAUGAUGAUGAUGUCAUUGUGCUGCCCAACGAAGAGCCCAGCGUCACGGAGAUUGUCGACGACGAUGAUGACGAGGACGAAUAUGUUCCCGGCAAGGUGACCCGGGCGGAAAUGGGUAAUGAGUCCUCCCAGGACAAACCCGAGUCCAAUUCCGAGACCAAGGAGAAGGCCGCUGAGCCGGGCCAGCCACAGACCCACAGCGAGUCGGCCAACGAGUCGGAUGUGGAGAUCCAAGAGCCAAACAUUCCCUUUACCGAUCUGGACACGUAUGUGGAGAAGGAGAUGGACGAGGCCACCAAGGCGGCUAUGCUCAAUGUCAAGAUCAAGGAGGAGCCCAAGGAUGAGUAUGAGGACGACGAGGAUGAUGGCUUUGAGGACGUGGGCACUGUGGUGACACUACUGCCCCUGCCCGAGGACGAGAUCUCCAUCCACAGCAGCGAAACCCAAACACAUACCAUCGGUUCCUCGGCCUCGCCGGCAACCAUCGAACGGCCCGCCUCCGUUACGUCGCUCUCGCUGCCCGCCAACGAGGCGGACCUAGACCUAGAGCCGGCGGCGGCGGACACCUCGGUGACCACGGAAACGGAACUGAACGGAGAGCCGCAGGAGUCCACGCAUAACCUGAGCUCAGCGGGUCCGGCGUUACCUUUGGCUAGCAUAGUUAAUAAAAUAAAGAUAAAUAUCACUAAGAAUACAAGUAGUAAUAGUCAUAAUAGUGCCUCCACCGCCGCAACAUCAUCAUCAUCAUCAUCAUCGACGGCGGCGGACUCGCAGGGUUCGGCCAUCAGCGUUAUUGGAGGAGCAUCAUCAGGAGCUGUCGGAGCAUCAGGAGCCGGAGAAACCGCACAGCAGGUGAACGCUAUUCAAACAAUUUCCACCAUUCCAGUGCUCUGCGGCGGCAACACGUUUGUGCCCAAGAUAGCCACCAGCACCCCGGCCAUGGUCAGCUCGAUCUCAGUGAUAGGCAGUAGUUACGGCGCCGCCGGCAGCAGCAGCAAUAACGGAAGCAGCGGCCGAAGCAACACUGCCACGCAAGCUCUAACAGAGGUAGCUGGCCAGAAAUCGGCAACACCUCCUCCGGCACCAGCUGCCGUGGAGCCGGAGCCAGAGCCCGUCGUCGAGCUGAAGCCGGCGCUGCAGAACGUGACGCUCAAGCGGACGAAGAAGGUGCAGAACGGUGUCGAAACCUCCGGUCUGUGCUCGAUCAUGUAAAGCGAUCGCCCCCCACAAGCGAUAUAUUCCUAUUUAUAUUCAAUUUUUUUAAUGCGAUUCUUUUUACACGUUACUUAGUUUUAAUAAUAGCUAGCUAGGCGAGGGGGCAGCAGCGGCACCAGCAGUCGCCCCUUGCUCUGUAGAUACCCAAAAGAGCUCCACCACAUCCGGGGAGCUUACACCGCAUAAAAACCUAUUUAUUUAAAAAUUUUAAUAAAAACAAAAAAGAUACAGAAUAAAACAGAGUAUACAUAAUUUGUGAUAAUUUUAUAAACAACAAAAACGAAUCAGAUUUUAUUUUCCUACAACUAAACAUCAACAUUGUAUUGUAAUUAUGCGAAUUUUUAAUGCUGAUUUGAAGAAAGAGAAAAAUAAAAGCGAAAAAUGAAUUAAA